AUGGCGAACGGCACCGUCAGGAGAACUCGGCGUAGCACGCGCAGGCAGUGGAUCCAGGCGGCCAUUUCUGAUGUAUAUCUGGGUGCUGCAUGGCUGGGUGCUGCAUGGCUGGGUGCUGCAUGGCUGGGUGCUGCAUGGCUGGGUGCUGCAUGGCUGGGUGCUGCAUGGCUGGGUGCUGCAUGGCUGGGUGCUGCAUGGCUGGGUGCUGCAUGGCUGGGUGCUGCAUGGCUGGGUGCUGCAUGGCUGGGUGCUGCAUGGCUGGGUGCUGCAUGGCUGGGUGCUGCAUGGCUGGGUGCUGCAUGGCUGGGUGCUGCAUGGCUGGGUGCAUGGCUGGGUGCUGCAUGGCUGGGUGCUGCAUGGCUGGGUGCUGCAUGGCUGGGUGCUGCAUGGCUGGGUGCUGCAUGGCUGGGUGCUGCAUGGCUGGGUGCUGCAUGGCUGGGUGCUGCAUGGCUGGGUGGCUUACACGCAUGGCUUGCCGUCACCUUCCCGCAAAUUGCACGCGCACGCCGGUCCCAACCCAACCUGGACCAGUUUCCUUCCCCUGCCUUCUGUCAUAGUACUACCCGCAGCAGCACGGUAGACAACAAACAGUGCUGUGCGUAUAGGCAGCAUAGGUGCCUCCCGCAAUAUGACUUGCAGCAGCACGCCAGGCAGCACCGGUGGGAGUAUCUGGACUCCACAUGGCAGCAGCAGCAGGAGCAGGGGUUUCAGGCUUUCAGCAGUGCCAGCAACGAUAGGAGCGGCAGUGGCAGUAGACGUGGCGUCGACGACAGCCUGUCGCUAGGAGGGGUGAAAGCACAUUGUGACUGUGGCGUCCACGAAACGCGCCGUCGAAAGUUUCCUAUCAACCCGCUCCUCUCCUUCAAUAUCUCUCACCUCAUGCACCUCACCCUUUUUCUUCUCCCUGGAUGCCUUUCAACCUAUACCUCUCGCAACCUAACCUUCCUAUCUCCCCCUUCCCCCCAUCCCCGAUUCAAUCCCUCCCCCCAUUCCCCCAUAUCAACCUCUCCCCAUCCCCCCUCCCCCGUCCCCUUCCAACCCCCCUCCCCCUAUUCCUCCAUCUCCCCGUCCCGGCAUCCCCGGUCUCUUGCAGUGAACUUCGCAGAAGCACUCGCCCGCCACAUGCGCCUGCAGGUGAGGCUGCUGGACACCCAUGUCUCCACCCAUCACGUGCGGGUGGGCCACGUGUUCGGCCCCUCACUGUCCAACCUGGGUCAACACCCCCCCUGCUCGCCUCGCCCGGCGCGCUCGUGCCCAUGCUGCCGCUGCUGGCGCACGCUGUGCUCUGCAUGUCCAUGGGCUUCCUCAUGCCUGCUCACAUGGCCGCCCUGUGGCGGUGGUGGAGAAGCUUGUAAAGGGGACAGUGAGGGGGCUGCUGGACGUGCUCGUGGUGGACAUGCCGCCCAGCUCGUGUGCUUCAGAGAAUCCCAGGGGGCGUGGUGUCCUGCCCUGCGUGUGCCAUGGAUGCCAGCAGUGGAAGGACUUCACAGCUGCCAGGCUGAGCUGCCCUGCAUGAUUCAAGGCAGCAGCAUGGGGGGUGCGCAGUGGGUGUGA